UGAUUGUUGUUUCGCGAGACAACGACCUGUCGCCCUCGAAUCACACAGUUGACAAGUCAUGUGAGGCAGUGAAGAGCGAGUGUGAGCUCUACGCCUCAACCAUUUUCUCGGCUCGCAAAAAGGCCUUGCCGAGCGCCUAGGGAGUGUCUCGCUCGCUCCCCUCGUCAUCUCUCGCUUUCGCGCCAUCAAUCCUGUACUCUCCGCUGCAAAUCGCACUUGCCUUCCUCCUCUAAAACCGCCAUGGGAGCGCGCACGCCGCUCACACGGUCCGAGCUCCCGCCUUGUCGCUUCCGCUCGUGCCGAGCACUCGCGCUCUCGUCACGGUCUCGCGACUGAAAGCCAUGUCCGUCGCCGGCGCCGCCGACAAGGAGAUGCCGCCGGUGGCGGCGGCGGCGUGCGACUUCUGCGCUGGCCUGCCGGCGGUGGUGUACUGCCGGGCCGACUCCGCCAGGCUCUGCCUGCCGUGCGACCGCCACGUCCACGGCGCCAACACGGUGUCCAGCCGCCACGCCCGGGCGCCGCUCUGCGACGCGUGCCGCGCCGCCGCGGCCGCGUUCCGCCGCGGCGCCACCGGCUUCCUCUGCGCAAACUGCGACUUCGAGGAGGAGCGCCAGCGGGACGGCGACCCGCGGCCGCUCCACGAUCGUGGCGCGGUGGAAGGGUACGCCGGGUGCCCCUCGAUCGCCGAACUCGCCGCCAUCCUCGGCGUCGGCGGGUGCGAGAAGGCGGCGGCCGCGGCCGGGGACGGGUGGUGGCCCGCCUGGGAGGACCCCCAGGUUCUCCGGCUGGAGGACGUCAUCGUGCCCACCACCUCGUGCCAUGGCCUCCAGCCGCUCCUCACGCCAUCCUCCCCAAAGCUGGGGGAGCUCGCCAAGUCCGAGGCGGCGGCGAUGGCUUUCUCGGAGGCGGAGCCAGCCGACGGUGAGCAGCUGCCUUCGUGGGCUUCGUCAGAGUAUGGCAUUGGAGACGGCGAUUUCGGGGCUUUCGACACCGAUGCCUGCCAUGAGGCAGCAAGCAUGGCCGUGCCUUCUUGUGAGCAGGAAGCGUGGAUCGCGACCGACGGCAACGGCGCGUGCAGGGAAGCGCACGAGCAGGCGCCGGCGCCGGCGAGCUCGCUGGCCGAGCCGUGCCUGCUGUCCUCGUUCGUGGACAUGUCAGAGAUCUGCCCCAGCAUGACCCUCGGCGGCAGCGUCGACGUCGACAACGGCAGCAACAAGCGAGACGCCGCGGAAGCGGCCCCGCAGCAGCAGGCCUCGCCGGCGCCGGCGAAGAAGGGCGGCUACGACGUGGCCUACCCCGACCGCGGCACGGUGAUCUCGCGCUACAAGGAGAAGCGGAAGAACAGGAGGUUCGACAAGCAGAUCCGGUACGAGUCGCGCAAGGCCCGCGCCGACGGCCGGCUGCGGAUCAAGGGCCGGUUCGCCAAGUCCGGCGAGGCCUGAUGGGAUCGAUGGAUGCUUGGCGGCGAAUGGGCGACCGACCGAUGGUGAGCUCGGCAGCUAGGGUGGGCACGGCGGAGAAGGGGGACCGUGGGUGCGACUGCGUGCGUGUCACUGUCACUGGCCGGGCCUCUGCUCUCCAUUUAUGAUGAGUUGUUCGCGUGCUUUGUGUGGCAGCUCGGCCCGUGGUGUUGCUGCCCUGCCAUUCAAGACGAUGAUGCUCCGUUGUGCGACUUGCGAGCAGAAAUAAUCAACCACCACUAUGUUGUUUCUUA